GGAGUGUGAGGUUGGCGACAGGCGGUGACAUGGGCGCCCGAAUGCCCCAUGUGACGGAGAGAGACCCGUGGGCGCGCGUGGCAAGGGGAGGAGCGGCGGCGGGGGUCCCUGGGACCGGAGCGGCGCACAGGCUGAGUCUGGGAAGAACAGAAAGAAUGCUACGAGAGGGGCAAAAAGCAAAUAUGGAGAGAUAAUUGAGAGAGAGACAGACGGGGAGACGGGGACAAAGGUGGACAGAGAUUGGGGGACGGAGCCUCUGCACGACGGAGACCAGCACCGAUAGUGGAAGAGAGACAAGGAGGGAAUGGGGGUCUCUGCUCCUCCCCCUCUGAGCUUAGUUUCCCCUUCCAGGGUACUGGGCUGGGCCUGAGUCACUUCCUAGGCGGCAAACUCUUGGAAAGACUGUGUAGGAUCCACAGUCGCAAGCCACAAGCUCAAGCUGCAGAGCCCUGCUCUUCUUGCCCCAACCAGCCAGCCUUCCCAGGCCUCUGACUCCUCAUUUGUCUAAGGAGAGAGUUGACAGCUGAGCCCAGAGGUCCUUCCCGGGCUGACCUUCCAGGGCCAGGACAGUCUCAGUCACAAGAAAUCACUUCAUUUUGAAAUGCCCAUGAUGGAAGAGUCAGCUGGCCUCAAGGUCACCAGGGACCUGAAAGCUGCCGUCUCUGCGAUCCUCCAGGGCUAUGGGGAUGGGCAGCAGUCAGUGACUGAUGCCAGCGCUGAGCUGCACAGACUCUGUGGCUGCCUGGAGCUGCUCCUGCAGUUUGACCAGAAGGAGAAGAAGAGCUUCCUGAGACCUCGAAAGGAUUACUGGGACUUCCUCAGCACUGCCCUGUGGCAGCAGCGGGGGGACAUGGAGCCAUCCCGCUUCGUCCGUUCACAAGAGAAGUUGAAGACCCCAUUGGGGAAAGGGCGAGCCUUCAUCCGCUUCUGCCUAGCCCAUGGACAGCUGGCCGAGUCCCUGCAGCUCUGCCUUCUGAACCCGGAGCUCACCAGGGAAUGGUAUGGCCCCCGGAGCCCUCUGGUGUGCCGUGAACUCCAGGAAGACAUCCUGGACUCUCUCUAUUCUCUCAAUGGGGUGGCCUUCGACUUGGAUCUGCAGCGGCCAGACCUGGAUGGGGCCUGGCCCAUGUUCUCAGAGUCACGCUGCUCCAAUUCCAGGAAAACCCAGGGAAGAAGACCCAGAAGGGACAAAGUUUCUCCAAAGAAGAUCUCAGCUGCAUGUGGAGGCCCCAAAGGUGUCCAUCAGGAGGAGCCACACCCCAACCAAGCCAGCUGUCUGGGAGAUGUGCCCAGGGGAGACUGCUUUGCGGGACUCUCUGGAUCCCAGCCACACAAGCAUCUUCCUCCCUUUUUGGAAAAGAAGAGAGAAGAUCCCAGGAGCCCCAAAGCCCCCCGGAGUAGGUGGGAACCAGAGGAGGAGCUUCAGCAAGACCAAAGUGAGGGAGCCCCAAGGCCUGGGAUCUGCCUGCAGAACUCAACACCCAGCAUCCAGGGACAGAGGGAGGGGUCCAAGGGGGCUCCGAAGGAGGUGAUAGGGACAGAGGCUGAGGGCAGAGGGGGACUUCCAGGAGCAGAAACUCAGAGAUCAGUAGAGGAAACUCAUGAAGGGGAAGCAGAGUGGGGUCAUGUCCAGAGGCUGCUGACAUCCAGCCCCAGACGGACAAUAGAGGAAGUAACAUGGGGGAGGAGGCAGGAGUCAGAGGUGCCAAGCAUCCCGGGGGAGCACUGGGUCCUUCAGGGCCUGGAAAAAGGGGAAGACUCCACCACAGAGAAGCCACAAAAACGAACAGGAGCAACCAGCGUGGCUGGGAGAGAGGCGCAAGCAGAAGCAUCCCUGCAGGAUGUGGUCAAGAGCCUCAGACAUCAACUCCGGAAGGCCAAGGAGCAGGGCCAGCACCAGAAGCAGCUGCUGAUGGAACAGGACCGGGAGCUGAAGGCCUUGCAGAAGCAACUCAGCAGGUGUCAGGAAGAGAGCGCCCAGCUGCAGGCAGAGCUAGCGCGGAAACAACAGGAGGCUGAGAGGAGAGAUGCUAUGUACCAGGAGGAGCUUGGCGGGCAGCGGGACUUGGUCCAGGCCAUGAAGAGGAGGGUGUUGGAACUGAUCCAAGAGAAGGACAACCUGUGGCAGAAGGUCCAGCAUCUCUCUUCUGUGGCCCCUGAAUGCUGUGUCAGCUGCAGCAAGAUCUUUGGGCGGCUGUCUCGGCGGUAUCCAUGCAGAUUACAACAAGAGAGAGCGCUGCUGCCCACUCUGCUCCCGGAGAGAAGACUCCCAGGUCACCUGACCAAGACCUGCCCAGGACUGGACUUCCCCUGCCACCCCCACCGGAUCUGUGCCCUUCCCUCUGCCGUUCCCAACCCUCUGAUAUAUCCAGUCCUACCUUCUAGAAGUUGGUGAUGUAAGGCAGACAGUGUUUAUGUGGACAGACAGUGGUGUGGGGGGUGGAAGGAACACGAGUCAGGGAGUCAGGACAGGGUCCAGUCCUGCAUCUGUCUCAGAUGAGCUGUGCAACUUUGGCAAAUACCUCAGCUUUCAGGGCUUUUUCUCUGACAUGAAGGAGAUGGGCUUCCUCCUCUUUAAAGUCUCUUCCGGCUCAGCAAAUCCAUGACCAUGAGUAAGACCCCAGUGACCUUAGCGCUUCUCCUCCACACUCCCUCUCUCACUCAACUGUGGUGCCCACUUUUUAGGAUUCAUGAGAAGCAAAGCCUACAUGGUCUUGGGUUCUUCAGUAGUUUCUUGUCAGAAAUCUCAAUUUUGGAAUCUGUUUUUCUUUUAUUUUUUAACAGCUUUAUAUUGAGAUACUCUGUAGGGUCACUGUGAGUCAGAAUCGACUCGAUGGCAAUAAGUUUUUUUUAAAUUAACAUAUAAUAAAUUUCACAUAAAUUGUAGAAUUUGAUGAGGUUUUACUUUAAUAUAUACACAUAAAACCAUCAGGAGUCCCUGGGUGAUGAAAAUGGUUAAUGUGCUUGCUGCUAACCGAAAGAUUGGAGGUUUGAGUCCAUCCAGAGGCACCUCAGGAGAAAGGC